CCCUUAAUUAUAUACUCAUUCGUAAAGAAGGUUAUAACGGUUGAUACAUGUUGCUUCGAGAUCACAGAUCAAUGAAAUUUUGAUUUUGUCCGGCAUCUCACUAAAACCAUUUCUAGAAAAUGGCAUCAUCGGGCAGGUAUAUAAUGGGCCAAGUUAUGAAGCGUGGAAUAGGGAGAGACAAUACUCUAAAAGUGAGAUGUCUGCAAAUGAAGCUCGAUACGUAUCUCAACAAGUAUUUUAAUGAAAGAAAAAAUAUCUGGGCCAAAGAAGAUGAAGUGAAAUGUAAUGUUGGAGAUAUUGUUUUAUUACAAGAAAUGUCAGAACUUAAAAUGCCUCGAAUUACUCAUGAUAUAAAAGAGGUGGUGUUUCCAUUAGGAAUGGUGGUUGAUCCAAUAACAGGCAGGCGAUGUCGAGGAACUGAAUAUAUAGAUGAAUCUAUUAGAAAACUGGAAGCUGAGAAAAUAGCAACAGAGAAAUCAUUAUGAAGUGAUUUAUAAUUACAUAUUAUACAAUGAUAAAAAAUGUGAUAAGUUACAUGAGAGACACAAUAGUUUUAUUGUGUAGAAUUGUUUAAUCAAUAAAUUAAAUAAACUAUUCAUAAAAUAGAUGUUAAUUGACAAGUACAUGGAGUUUAAUUAUAUAGUCUACAACUGGGAAUUUAACAAAAACAUUUUAUGGCAUUGUAUAAGUAUAAUAAUGGAGAAUAGAAUGUUGAUUUAUAUAAUUGUUUACCAGUAGUGUAUGAUGAAUGCUAUUUUUCCAACAUACUUACCAGAACAUAUACGUGUAACGUUUGUCUAAGGCAUAUUUACAAUGAACACCAUAAUAUUGUAUCAUUCAAUAUUAUAUAAACAAGGAUAUGUUUAUUGGAUUAUAAUUGAGUGCUUCCUGAAUCA